AUGGCUAGAAGUGAUGGCAGGAUCAAAUACAAGACCACUAAGCCGUACCAAAAGUUCUGCACCAUAGAAUCGGUUAAGGUUAUAUCUCCGCCAUCCCAUCCGGGUCUGAAGAAGGAUGCGUGGACCCCAAAUCACGUUGUGGUAUUCCUUCGUGGGGGUAACAUAAACCCCACGUAUGCACUUCCGAGACCGGAUGUUAGUCGGGCAGGUGCUUUUUGUGGGUCAUCCUCAGAUACAGAUUUCGACCUAGUCUAG